UUUGAUGCCUCUCGCCCGCCACCCCAGAGCACAGCAGCGCAGCCCUCUGCAGCCCGCCUGCCCGCUCGCCCGCCUGCCGCACUCACUCCCGGCCAGGAUGGCAUCCUGUCUGGUCCUGCGCAUGACACUGCUGCUGGUCGCUGGGGUCCUGGCCCCUGCUGUGCACACAGCUGAGGGUCCCCAGGAGCCCGAACCCACGCUGUGGAACGAGCCCGCGGAGCUGCCGUCGGGAGAAGGUCCCGCCGAGAGCACCAUACCCGGCCAGGAGCCCGCGGCCACGGAUCCCCCAGCGCCCUCCGCAGCGCCGGGCCCCGAGGACAGCACCGCGGGGGAGCGGCUGGACCAGGGCAGCGGCUCGCUGGGGCCCGGCGCCAUCGCGGCCAUCGUGAUCGCCGCCCUGCUGGCCACCUGCGUGGUGCUGGCGCUCGUGGUCGUGGCGCUGAGGAAGUUCUCUGCCUCCUGAAGCAAAUAAAGGAGCCGCGCCGGCGCAGCGCGAUUCUGGCACUCUACCUGCGCCCGUGUGUCUGCGCCUGCAUCCGUCAGG